CCAACACGCACAUACGCACACACACACACGCACACACAUACACACACAUGCACACUGCAUGGAUAAUAAUGCUUGUGUGAUGAGAAUCAGUGGGCCAGAGGCAAGGCUGGAUGUAAGCGAUGUGGUCAUGUGGCAUUAAUAAUUGACAGACAUUCGAAAUAAAAGGAGAAAAGAGGGGGGGUGUCCACCUUUCAUGUCGGAGAGUCAGAGAGGAUGAAAGGGAGGGAGAGGGAGAAAGGGAGGGAGUGUGUGAAGGAGGAGAGGAGUCCAGAUUACAGAAGAGAAGAGUAAGAGGUGCACGGGCAUCAGGGAGCGACGGAAGGGGAGACAGGGCGGACGGGACAACCUGUGGACUGUCUGGCUGUUGACCGGAGGGGACUGCCAGAGGGGGGGAUUUUUCAGGCCCGUCUUUGUACCUGUUCUCUGUUACCUGCCCAGUCCCCGCGGUAAAGAGAGGCUGAGCAGGAGGAGCUGUCAGGCUGAUGUCCGUAACACCAGAAAGAGCCGAUCGAAGGAAGCGCUGCUGUCCGCGCGUCACCUGAGCCGGAAGAACACCUGGACACCAUGGUCACAUGGGCCCUGAGGUGAGAGGUCACGCUCCCGUCCGCCUCGCCUCCCGAUUGGUCGGGGAGAUGGCGGAGUCGCACGCGGGGUGGGAGGCGGAGCUCGGGGGCGGGGCUGUGGGAUGCUGGGACGGUGCCGGGGCGGAGCAGAGCGGGGUGGGCGGAGCCUGCGUGAAGGAGAGGCGGCCCGUCAGCCUCCGGGCCCCGCCCCUCUUCCGCAGCAUCAGCCCGACGGGCGUGUCCGCCGGGCUGCCCCCCCACCGCCGCCUGAGGGCCGUGUUCCGCAGGUCCAGGGCGGUGUUGCCCGCGGAUACGCCGCGCGUCUGUGGCGACGCUCUCUCCCAAGCCGACGGCUUCGUGGGCACGCCAGCGAGGACCCGGGACCUCGCCAGGGCGGCAUCGCCAACGCUGGAGCUCCCGCGCCGGGCCGCCGUGCCCGCGAACGCGCCCAUGUGCCCGCCGGCGGCUCUGAACAGGCAGGGCGGCGGACGCCCCUGCCCCCAGCCCGCCCCGUCGCCGAGGACCCGCCGCGAUAGGAAGGGGAGCUGGGGAGGGGUGGGGGUGGGGGUGGGGGCGGGGGCGGUGAGCCCUGCCGCACAGGGCGAGGGUCCCACGGGCGGGGCAGCUCGCGCGGAUGAGAGGAAAAGGAAGAAAAGGCGGAGAAGGACGGAAGGAAGAAGGGUAAAUUACCCUGGAAACGAGUGGCGGGGCGUGCCGGCCCACAAUGCCGAGGGUGGCGGGGACAGGGCGCUGUGCAGCUGGCUGGAGAGCCUGGGGCUCACAGACACGGAGAGAGACACGCCCGGCCUCACCGCCUCAGCCAAUCGCCAGGGCAGGACCCUGCAGGAGGCGGGGUCACUGAAGGGGAGGGCGGACCCGGGGCAGCGGGGGGCGGAGCCAAGCCGCAGAGACCGCCGCCCCUACUUCCUGCCCCCCAUCUCUCAGUCCGGAGCCCUCCUGUACGUGCCCCUCCUCCUUCCCGAGAACUCCCCCCCGCCCUCUCCCUGCAGCUCGCCCACCGCCCCCGUGUUUCCCUUACCUGUACCUCGCCUCCAGCCCCUCCCCCCAACAAGGAAAUAGCACUGCCAGUCCCAGGACAGCCCCCCCCCCCCCGAGCACAACGCAGCGCUCUGAUUGGAUGUCUGUCCCCUAAGCGCUCCUCUGAAUCUGCUUACUGUGGUGCUUUGAUGUGGUUCCUGUUUACUCCAGCCAAUGUGAGCUUUUAAGCCUUUGAAGAGUAGGUUUAUUUGGAAUGUUCUUUCAAAAUUUCAAAAAGUCAGCGUUCUAGAACUCUGUUGCUUUCAGUCACCAGCAGUGAUUGUGACAUCAGCAUCAGAAUACUCAGUUAUGAACAUUCUAUUCUCGUAUUUGUGAUAUUACACCUUAAAGGGUUCUACUAAAAUUUGUCAGUGAAUGCUGCACUGUUACAUAAUGUGUAACAGCAUGUAACAGAACAGCACAGCAGCAGUGUAGUGUGCCUUGUAACCUAAAACGUUGCGGGUUCGAUUCCUAGGUAGGACACUGCCACUGUGCCCUUGACCUGCAGUGCUUUGGUACAUAUCCAGCUAUAUAAAUGGAUGCAAUGUAAAUGCUAAAGUUGUGCAAGUCUGCAAAAUGUCUGCUAAUGAAAUGUACGUACAGUAUGUGUAAAGCAAACAUCACAAUUAAGAAUAAACCUGUAGGUUUUUUUCUCAGAGAAA